AUAAGAAUCAUCAGAUGACAAUCUCAGUGAAUAAAGUAAAUGCCAAAAAAUAUAAACAAAAGUGCUUCUAAGAAGUAAAUUAUGUUAUUUUGUAUGUGAUAGUUCUAAGUUAUUUAUUUUUUUAAUAAAAUGGAUCAAGAUGAAGCUUUCUUGAAUCCCGAUUCUUUAGAUAUUCAGGAAAUAUCUGAAAUAACAGAUUUCCUAAAUAAUUGGGACGAUGCUUUUAUGAAAAAAUUGGAAGAAGAGCUUGCGACUACAGACGACUCUACACUGAUAAGUGUUGAUACCCAAUUUAAAAAUGAAGUUUUACCAAAACCUGAAUUAUCACCGCAUUACCAUAGCCCAGGAAACCCACUAGUUUCUCAAUAUACUCACUCAAUCAGGCAGCCUGAACAGACAUCGCCAGUUACUCGUAAUAAUAAUGUACAGCCGACUCCUAUGCAGGUGUCCCCAGAAAGCUUUAAACCGCGCCAAUCGAACGAAAGCAUACCAGUUCCAGAUAUUACGCCACGUGCUCCGAAAAAUAGAGUUGCUCCUCAGGGACCCAUGAUAGUGCAACAAGUGGUCCCAAGGCCUGUUUAUGUUAACUUACAACAGCUCCCAGAAUGUGGUGGUUCUUUUGUCCAAUUAGAUAGUGUACCUCAAAUCAAGCAAGUCAAUAAGCCGCCUCAAACAACACAACCGUUGCUGAUACAAAAUAGUCCAAAAGGAAUUGCACCACUUAUUUUGAAAACCACAGAUGCAAACUUCCAACCAGUGAUUUUACAAUCUAAUUUAAUCAAUACAGAUGGUCAAACUUUGAUGUACACCACUGCUCCCAUUCAAGGAACUUCACCAAAUACUUUAAAUCCUAAAUCUAAUUCAGAAAAAAGACCUAUUCAUACAUUCUUCACAAGUAACAGUGGGGCUCUUCUGACUACAGGGAUACCAGUUGUGCUAGAAGGUGACAAAAUUACUCUGAACCAAUCUCCGAAUAUUGGUCCUCCUAAAGUAAAAGAAGUUAAGCGAAGUGCUCACAAUGCUAUAGAAAGGCGAUAUAGAACCAGUAUCAAUGACAGAAUAGUAGAACUUAAGAAUAUGCUUGUAGGAGAAGAAGCUAAGCUGAAUAAAUCUGCAAUUUUAAGAAAAACUAUAGAUUACAUAAAGUACCUUCAAAAUCAGAAUUCAAGAUUGAAACAAGAGAAUAUGGCACUUAAAAUGAAAUACCAGAAGGGUCAGGGUGGUGUCAAAGAAUCUACAUUUGAAGGAAGUUACACUCCUCCACAUAGUGACAUUUCAUCACCAUAUCACUCUCCACAUCCUACAGAUAGUGAUUCUCCAUCAUCACCAGAAUACAAGAUGGAAGAGAAAUAUUCAAAAAUUGUUAUGGGCAUGGGAGAUCAUUCUCGUUUGGCGUUGUGUGCCUUCAUGGUGGGAUUAAUAGCUUUUAAUCCAUUCAGUUUGUUCCUUGGGAACUUUAUGUCAGAAUCUUCCUCCAGUGACUUUUCGGCUAGACUUGAUCAAAGGAAAAUAUUGUCUGAAGGCUAUGAUUAUAACACUGGACUUUCAUCUGCUGCUUGGCUAUUUAACACUUUCUUUAUCUACUUGAUUAAUUUUGUGAUUCUUGGAGGUUGUCUUGUUAAACUCUUAGUUUAUGGUGACUCAGUGCCCAAGUCUCAAUCAAAAGAAGCUGGACUAUUUUAUAAGCAUAAAGAACAAGCUGAUAGCUUUCUGAAAAAGGGAGAUGUGACAAAUGCACAAUUAGAAUUGCAUAGAUCGCUAGCAGUUUGUGGCAAGAGUGUACAAGCAGGGGGCCAAGGGCAGGCAAAGUUCACUGCUUUAACUGCAGCUGUACUCCGCCAGUUGCUGCAGAGAAUGCCUCUGGGCGGAUAUUUGGCGCGUCGAGCCGGUGACUUGUGGAGUGAUAGUUCUGCAAGACGAGCAACACAGCGAUGGGCGGCAGAAGUAGCAAGUAUCUCACAUCGUUUAACUCAGCUGGAAAUCUUAUCAAGUCACAGUGGAAGAAGUGAGAGAGUCUUAUUGGCGCUCCAAGCGGUCAAUUUGGCGGAAACCUCUGGGAACAAGCAGCUUUUGGCUAACACUUACGUUACUGCCGCAUUGGUCUUCAAGGAUUACAUCCCUAAGAUUGGAAAUUGGCUUUGCGGAUACUAUUUGCGCCGUUGCCGCGUGACGUCAUCGGAGUCGUGCUCAUUGCCCCCCGUUCGUUUGCGUUGGGUGACCAGCCCUAGAGGGCAGAGUUUCUUACGUUCUCGUCGUUGGAGCUACGAACGAAAACAUCCUACAUCCUCGUUGUUCUGUAAACUUCCUGAUCCGGCCGAGCAGUUAGCUUAUGCUAUGAGGGCAUAUCACUUAGACCUACUCCAGAAGAGUCUACAAAUGCUCUUGUGCGUUGACGAGCGGAGUAACACGCGCGACGUAUUGGAAUUAAUAAAAUUGAUCACUGAUGAUGUCUCCACCGACGCACCGCAGCACACUGGAUGUUGGGACCCCAUACUGGAGUGGUGGGCCAAUCUCGUCGGUGUGGCAGCCGCAUGGUUAUUGGCUGACGCUGGCAAAGCCUCGGAGUAUGGAGAUCGUCUGUUUAUGCUGCCGGAACAACUAGCCACCACCGAAGACCCUCUGCCUGGGGCACUGCACAUGGCGUACAAAAGCCGGCGCGGCCUGUUAAGCCUCGCUCAGUGUCAAGAUGAACGCUCCAUACAGAAGACGUCUGAAACUAUUCUCAAGGUUUGCGACAUUGCUGGAGCCAAGUUAGCAGACUCGCUCGCGUAUUACUGUUGCAAACAGCCCACCCAGCUUAUGAUGUUGAUGCAAGUGCUAUGCUGCGACUGGUUGCUGGAGGUGCGCGCGGGUGUAUGGGAGGCGCGCGGGGGCGGGGGCAGGUCGGCGCCGGCGCCGCACUCGCAGCUGCGCGGUUUCCAGCGCGACCUGCACUCGCUGCGCCGCAUCUCGCAGAGCGUGCCGUGGGCGACUACGCGCGUAUUUCUACAAUCUGCCGUGUACCGUAUGAUGGCAGGGGCGGCGCCUAAACGCACGCAGCAAUUGCUGGAUGGAAGUCUACGUCCGCGUGUCAACCGAACCUCCAUAAUUUGCGGGAAAGAGCGUGCUUUAGAAAGCGGCGGCGGCGAAGGCGAGAGAGCGGUAGCUUUAUACAUGGCUUGUAAACAUCUCCCAGCGGCAGUUUUAGCCGCGCCCGGCGAGAGAGCCGGAAUGUUAGCGCAAGCUGCCGCCAUGCUUCUGAAGAUCGGCCACCGCAGCCGCCUGCCUCACUGCUACCACCUCAUGAAGUCAGUGGGCACUAUGCCGAGCGCCCCUUGACAAUCGCACGAUCUACAUGCUCAUAGUUGAGGAGCUAGCGAACGAAACAGUAUAAUUACAUAAAAUCAUAUUUUACAGGAGCUUUAUAAAACUGAAUGGCAUACGUACAGUGAGCUUCUGGCAUGGUUUUUAAAUUAUAAAUUUAGUAAUUUUAACACUGUUUUUAGGCGGUUUUGAUUGAAAAUUAUUUUAGAUUGAAAUUCAACGGGUCCGAAACCUCCGGACUGUAAAAAAAUGUAAUUUGACCAGAUGCGUAAUUAUACCGUUUUGUUCGCCAGCUCCUUAGUUUACGUGCCCGAUGAAAAACUUGUGUAAAAUGUCUAAUCAAUAGAGAAAAGACAAAAUGUCUGCUAAAGAUGAGGCUGUAUAGAUUCAGUAUUCUUUGCCUCGCUAAUUUUAAAAAUUUGUAGACUGUUCUUUACAAAACUUUUGUUUAUAAACACCUUUUAUCGGUAGUACUAAUUAUAUCUACUGAGCAGUUUUUCUAAACGGGUGGAUGGCAUUGACUACGUAGGUAAGUCUUAAUGUGUUGGAGAAAGAACAUUACAAUGCGUAUUUGGAUAUGUAAACUUGUUACUUUUUUGUAAUAAAAAUAUCAGAAAAAUAUGUCCAAAGUGGAAAUAGUUAUAAGUUCUUGUCACUGUGAUCUAAUCACCGAAUGAACGGAAUUCACGAAUCAACUCGCAAAGGUCCGUCGUACAAACCUUAAAAUGUGCAUUGUUCUACAAAUUUGCGUUAUACUUUGAUACUGUACCAUGCAUUCGAAAACUUGAAAAUUAAGUCAAAGUAGUUUUUCGCUUCGAAUGUUACUUACGCACUUACUCCGCCUUGUCAUUUUAAUAGGUAUCCUAUAUAUUUAAGGUAUUUCUUGACAACAAACAUUAAAUUAAGUUGAAUAUACUUUUAUAAAUAAAAACUCCAAUAAUGUGUUUUUUGUUAACUUGCUUUUUAAUUAUUGUUAAUGUUUGCAUAACGAAGAGUUUAUAUCCACUUUUGGCGUUGGGGGAUAUUUCAAUAUAUUGCGUUCUAUAAAUUUCCUGCUCUUUUCACAAGUAUUCGGACAUAUUUGAGGCUGGAGUGUUUCCUCACAUAUUUUAAAAUAAUUUGAGAAAAAUCAGCCACCCUUAAAUUAAAUUAAAAAAAGGAAGAUACUGCACUCGCUUCUCAUGCCGGAAAUUCACUAGGCUAUUGAAUUAUGUGUUUGCUAUUUGUAAACUUGGCAUCAGUCUGUCCUUAUAAGCUUUAUAAGGAAUGAAAAGGACAGACUGAUAUCAAGUUUACAGUCCGUACGUCUGUCCGGCUGAGCUGUAUUGUUGUUCUUUUCUUGAUAACAAAAUGGCGAUUACGUAAAUAGCAUUGAUGACAAAACUAUUUUUACGCAUUGUUUUAUUUUUAUAACACAAAAUAUACGCAAUAUUGUUAUGUUGAGUGCACAUGCAGCGUGUUUGAAUGUCCAAUUGUGACUAAAGCGAAUUGUGGUCGUGCUCCAUAACUUAUCUUCUUGCCUUUUUGAUUUAAUCUAAGAAUGAAACAAAAUGUUUAUUUGAUUGACGUAGGUUGCAACUUCCAUCCGCAGUGAAUUUAUGGAAGGCAAAAUGUCAGUAUCUUGUAAGGUCAUUGAUCUUGUUGGUAGGUUUUAUGUAUCGUGCGUGACGUCACAUCUAAGCGUCCCCAAAAUAGCGCGUGUUUAAACUGCCAGUGCUAAUUGGCUUUUUUUUAAAUUUUUCGACGUUGAUUUUUUAUACUGUGUAAAGGUGAUGUAAACUACUCAAUAAAAAAAAACGCAUAUUCGCUAUUACAUGUUUGGUACAUUUUACGCCCAAUGUGAUUGGUAUUAUCGAUGUAUCUUCUAUUAAAUAACAUACUAACAGUAGUAUCCACAUGAUAUUUAUUUAAUUUGUUGUAUUUAACAUUGUUUUAUCGAUGAAAUAAUAUACCAAACUGACGAAGAACGUGAACUUAUGAAUGACUGAAUAUGUAUUAGAAUGAAGUCUAUAAUAUUGUAAUCAGCAAUGCUUUAUAUAUUGUUAUAUUAACAAGCAGAGUUCAAUAAAUGACAAAUACACUUUCAUUCUUAGUUUUUUUUCAAUUAUUUACAUCUUUCUUCUGAAACUGCGUUUAGCGGGCGCCCAUUGUUACGCGGGUGCGGUGGAGAUCUGUGGUUCCGUUGUUUGUGGCCUGUGAGGCUAUUGGGCUGCUGCAAACAUGCAGCAUAAGAUAUUUAUUGAAGGGAAUCAUCGUAAGCAUUGUAAGGCUUUUGUUAUGGGAUACUAGGGUAACGGAUAGAAUACAUAUACUGUACAUAUAUUAGUAUACUUCUAUAGAAAUACAUA